CUUCUUCGGCGGCGGCGGCUGGGGCUCGGCCGCGGGUUGGGCGUGCGGAGGAGGGGCCGGGCCGGCGGACGAUGGCGGAGAAGCCGAAGCACGACGGGCGCGUGAAGAUCGGCCACUACGUGCUGGGCGACACGCUGGGGGUCGGCACCUUCGGCAAAGUGAAGAUUGGAGAACACCAGUUGACAGGCCACAAAGUGGCCGUAAAAAUCUUAAACAGACAGAAGAUUCGUAGCUUGGAUGUGGUGGGAAAAAUCAAAAGAGAGAUUCAAAAUCUCAAACUCUUCCGACACCCUCACAUUAUCAAACUCUACCAAGUCAUCAGCACGCCAACUGAUUUUUUUAUGGUAAUGGAAUAUGUGUCUGGUGGUGAAUUAUUUGACUACAUCUGUAAACAUGGACGGGUCGAAGAGAUGGAGGCUAGAAGACUCUUUCAGCAGAUUCUUUCUGCUGUGGAUUAUUGUCACAGACACAUGGUUGUUCACCGAGACCUGAAACCCGAGAAUGUGCUGCUAGAUGCCCACAUGAAUGCCAAGAUUGCCGACUUUGGUUUAUCAAAUAUGAUGUCAGAUGGUGAAUUUCUGAGAACAAGCUGUGGGUCUCCAAAUUAUGCAGCACCUGAAGUCAUCUCAGGCAGAUUGUACGCGGGGCCCGAGGUCGACAUUUGGAGCUGUGGUGUGAUUCUGUAUGCCCUCCUCUGCGGUACGCUGCCCUUCGAUGAUGAACACGUCCCAACGCUGUUUAAGAAGAUUCGGGGAGGUGUUUUUUACAUCCCAGAGUAUCUAAACCGUUCUGUUGCUACUCUCCUCAUGCACAUGUUGCAAGUGGAUCCCUUGAAACGAGCAACCAUCAAAGAUAUAAGAGAGCAUGAGUGGUUUAAACAAGACUUACCCAGUUAUUUAUUUCCUGAAGACCCUUCCUAUGAUGCAAACGUCAUCGAUGAUGAAGCUGUGAAGGAAGUGUGUGAAAAGUUUGAGUGCACAGAGUCGGAGGUGAUGAACAGCUUGUAUAGUGGGGACCCUCAGGACCAGCUCGCGGUGGCUUAUCAUCUCGUCAUCGAUAACCGGAGAAUCAUGAACCAAGCCAGUGAGUUCUACCUUGCCUCUAGCCCUCCCACUGGCUCUUUCAUGGAUGACAGCACCAUGCACAUUCCCACUGGGCUGAAGCCACACCCUGAACGGAUGCCACCUCUAAUAUCAGACAGCCCCAAAGCCAAAUGCCCUCUGGAUGCUCUGAAUACUACCAAGCCCAAAUCUCUAGCUGUGAAAAAAGCCAAGUGGCACCUGGGCAUUCGCAGUCAAAGCAAACCCUGCGAUAUUAUGAAUGAAGUCUACCGGGCUAUGAAGCAGCUGGAUUAUGAGUGGAAGGUGGUGAAUGCGUAUCAUCUUAGAGUGAGAAGAAGGAACCCCGUGACUGGCAAUUAUGUGAAAAUGAGCCUUCAGCUGUACCAGGUGGACAAUCGAAGUUACCUUUUGGACUUCAAAAGUAUUGAUGAUGAUGUCGCGGAGCAGAAGUCUGGGUCUUCGACGCCUCAGCGUUCAUGUUCUGCAGCUGGCUUACACAGACUGAGGCUGAGCUUUGAUUCGACCACGGCCGACUGCCCUUCUCUCAGUGGGUCCCUGACCAGCUCCUUGACAGGGAGCGUGCCUUCUGUAACUCCACGCCUGGGCAGCCACACCAUGGACUUCUUUGAAAUGUGCGCCAGUCUGAUCACUACGUUAGCCCGCUGAUGCUGAUUCACCACCAGUCUCUGUCCUUGUGUUAUUGCACUGUGAGGAUCGAAUUUGUCCUUUUAAAUUAUUAUCUCCUAUUCUGGGUAGCUUAUACGCCACAAUACAAACUGAGAGUUGUAUCCCCUAGGGACGCUCAUUCCCAUAUUGAUCAUUGAGUAGACUGACAUUUUCUCUAUUUUGCUCAUGGUAAAUUCACAUGAGUAAUAUAUUUGAUAGGUAAAUAGCAAUGAAAGUGAUUGUGGUUUUAAAGUAGUGAGUUCCUGUGUAAGCUGAUUGGUAGCCUCCUUCUGAAGAUGGAGCCUUGUUUAUGGGGAUGUGGCAGCAUCAUUUCGCUGUAGUGUUCGAUCUGGGUACAUCAGGGUGACUGCACAACCCUUGCUAAGUGGUAAGGUGUUUUGAGCCCUCCCACUUAUCUUCUAGUUACUGGGAUGAGUCCUUAUUGACCUACCUACUGUAUGUAAAGAUGUAUGCAGAGCCCAACAAGACUUUUUCUUUUCAUAAUUUAUCCAGCACUUAUUAGUCUGAUGUUGAGAAUUUGAGAAGAGAGAGAGCUAGCUAGCUAGAAUAUCAGGGUUAAGAUUCUCCUGGUCUAGACAAAUCUCCUGCAGGGCAGUGGGGACAGGUUUAUGUUUCUGCAGCAGAUUACUACUGUUCCAGGGAAGUCACUGUAUUUGAAAUGGUCCUUUGAUCACCUUUGCACACCCACCUCAGGGUUGUUAAUAUCUAGCUUUAUAGAGCGGGGAUUUCAUCUUGGAAACUUUUUUAAGUUUUCAAGGACUGUAGGGAAUGCCUAGAAUUAUCACCAUUUCACUUUUGAGGUCUUUCUUCCCAGUUUCACAGCAUGACUUUGAAACCUCAUUCCCCUUCCCCUGUACAAAUUGACCUUUGCUUUAUUUCUUCUUUUAUACUUCUUUAAUAAUAGUGAAAUAGACCCUUAAAUGAGAGAGCAUCUCCCUUUUAAAGAGAAUGCUUACCUGUGGUCACACAUUUGGCCUGCGUUGGGGAACCUCUGAAUUCCAUCAAGUCAGCCUUUCCUUUAAAGCUGGAUUUCUUUCUCUGCCUCCCUCUCCCUCCCCACCCUGAUUUUCCUUAUUAUUUCAUCUCUCCUCAAUACUGGACUGAACUUUGAAAUCUUUCUGAAGGUCCUAAUUUAUUCUGUAUCUUUGUCACUAUCCUUUUAAUUUGAAAACAUGUUUUCCAACUUAAGGACAUCAGGUUUGGAAUUGAGGACUUCCAAAGCUUGAUGGGCUGUGACCUUCACUGUGGAACUGAUAGGGAAGGGAGACUUUCAACACAUUUUGUCCUUCAUUACAUGUCUAUAUCUCUAUCUGAUGUAGAUAUAUAUACACACAUAUAUGCGUUUGUGUGUAUUUCGUUGGAGUUUUUACUUUCCCUUUCUAAGUAAGAAAAAAACUAAUUUCUUUCUCUAGUUCACACACGUAUCUACUCUUUAUUUCUUUUUAUUCAGUGCUUCUAUCUAGUACUGAAUAUGUCAUUUUUCAUCCGACCCAUCCAAGAUACAACACUAUAAAGCACCCCGUGGUGAAAUGAAAUGUGGCAUUGCUUUUAGGGGUUGUGUUUGUCAGACAUAUUGCAUCCUCUGCCAAGAACCAAAUGAAGGUUUGAUAUCAUUUUGCCAUUAUGAGAAUGGUGCGUAUAUUUAUCCUGAAAUAUUAGACAAGUCAGGGAUUGUUAUGGGUUAACAAUAUGGCAUGUUGUUUUGUAGGACUUUAAAAAAAUGCUUUAAAUAUUUUGUAAAUGAUUUUGAUUUUUAGAUUCUAAAUAUGGAUUUUUUUAAUGCAAAAGUGAACAAUAUUGUUAUUACUACUGUUUUUAUAAUUAUUUUGGUUAGAGAGCUACUGGAAAGAUUGCCAUCUAGUGGCAAUUUAGCAUAAUUGCUUUCACUUCAAGCAGCCAGUGGUUAUCAGGCAUGAUUCAAGCUUUGCUUGCCAAAGUGGGGUCUUUCCUGCCCCUACACAUUUCAAAAUCUCAAUGGACAGCUUUGCUUUUAGGAAAAAGAGUUGCCAUAUUUCCAGCUCACUGCUGCGGGGAUGAGCCUGGUGGCUGUAAAAUACUAGAAUGAGAAGUUAACUCAAGAGCCAAAGCCUGCAGGAGUUCUGAAUGUGGAAACCUGCAGAAAUAGAGCCAGUCAUCCCCCAGUGAGCAGGCCUUUAUUGAACAUGUGUCAGGUGCUAGGAUCUGUGCGAGACACUGGUGAUCUAGGGAGAACCCAAAGUGCAGGAGCUCACGUUGUGUUGGGGACGUAUCCUGUGCGUUUAUAGGGAAAGACAAAACCUUUACCAAGUAAGUGCAAGUUAUUGUGGUGGCUGUGAGGGGAGGCCGUGGCAAAAGGGGCGGGGGUGUCAGGAAAGGCCUGAGGCAGGAGAUGGAGUGAGAGGGAGUUGGGAAGAAACUGAGGGAUUUGGACAGGUGGAGGUGAGGAUGGAAUGUGUUCCAGUCACAGGAGGCAUUACUACAAUCAUAUUAAGACUAUAGUGUAUCUGUUAAUACAGAUUUUGACCAAAUUCAUUCACAUAAGAUUGACUUUAAAAUGGGUAUUAAUGUUGUUUUUUAGCACUUUUUGAAUAUUUAUGAACGUCUUAUGUUUUCUCUCAUAUACCUAAUCAUGAAGCAGCUACUGUUGUAAGGUACUCUGAGCACUAGAAACAGCACUGUAAUUGGAUUUUAAGAACCGAGGUCCAAAUCCCAGAUCAUCUACUUACUCCCUGGGCGAUCUUCUUAGGCAAAGCCCUGACCCUCUUUGGGCUGUUGUUUCCUUACCUGAAACAUGAAGGAAUUUGCUUGCUAAGGGCCCUUCUGGGUUUAAUUUCUAUACCCUAUGAAUCUUUGGACAAUCAUUCUAAGCUUUAUGGGCAUAGGCAUGAUCCAGUAACCCUUGGUUUUAGGGUGAGAUCAUCUAAUGGGAAGCCUAGUGAAUGUAGUAAUCUCACUGGUAGGAAUAAUAUCUCAGGGUCGUCAGUCAGAGUGGGACUCGGGGAAGUUAUUCUGUUGCCUACAUUGUAGGAAAGGGGAAGAGCCGUGGGUCAUCAGCCUCACCUACAUACUCCUGUGGGGGAUGUGAUUCUUUUUUAUUCAGUCCUUCCUAUAGCUGGUUUUUGUGGCAGUCACUCUGGGACAGGAACAGUCAAACUGAGGUAUCCCAGUUCUGACUCCUGAUGGCUGCCGGACUCGAGUUUAAUAGCAGAAGCUGUGUAUCUGCUAAGCCUUGACCUCAUGGCUAAAAUACUAAUCUGACCAGUACUCCAAGACCAUCACUGUCCCAGAUGAUAACAGUAAGGCUUUUGGAGCAGCAGAGGUGGAGUUAAAGCUUGGUCCAGUCUUGAUUUCCAUUUUCCAUUAGAGAUGAUCUUCUCCUAAAUCACAUUCAAUUGAUUUUAUCACAGAAUCUUAGUAUCAAGACAAAUGUUUGUCUUGAGCAAUUGCUGGACUAAAGAAUUAAUAUGGUUUCAUAGCUACUGGGUUUUCAACUGUCUGUGGAACUACUGACAUCACAGCGACCUUUGAGGUCUUCAAGGGGAAGAUAGCUAGCUGCUCACUCACUGGGGACGCCAUAGAGGAGUAUCACGCUUGAGGUAAGGAUUGGACCAGGGGACUUUUGAAGUCCCUUUUGUCUCAAAGAGUUUAUAACAUUUCAUAUGGUUAAAAAUAACCAAAGAGAACGUUGUUCAGGUGUGGAACUGGAUCAUCUCUUAUCUUGAUCACUAACCAACAAGUGAUUGCUUGCAUCCAAACGGGCAUCCUCAGUGUGGGUUUUUUCCCCUUCUAAAUAGUUUAUGGUUUCUGUGUAAUCAGUCAGACUUUAUCCAUGAUAUGGGAGUUGGAAGUUUACAAGGAUGUGUCCUUCAGAAGUUACUGAAUGUUUGUAUCUUGAACGCUGUAUUGGCCUGAAUCCUGACAUAGCCUGGUUGAGAUUAAAGGGGAUUCUCAGGUGGAGUGAGGAAGAGAGCUAGUUCCAUUCAGCAGCCCAAACCCAGAGAGUUAGGUGGCUUCAGCCAACUACAGAUGGCAGUCCUUCUGUGUCAGGGUGUUGGCUGGGUGAAACACAAUUCUCCAGUGAUGAUGAUGGAAUAGGAACGGCUUUUCUGUAGUGCUUUAGGAGGCAGCAUGAGCUAGGGGACAGCCAGCUUGGAAUCAGGAAGGUCUGGGUUCAGGUCCUGCCCCCUAGUCAUACUGACUGGGUGAUGCUAGGCCAGUCUCUUAAGGUCUUAGUCAUCUAGGUUAUUCUGAGACUGAGAAACUGCAGAGCAGAUGUUACUCUGCAAUGGCAGAGGGAGAUUCCUCUCUGGGCCCUGUCUUCACCAGUGGAGUUACAGACCUGGUCCAAAAACCACAAACACACACUUAUACAAAUGCCAUACUUGAUGAUUUUACAAUUCGCUGUCAGAUACUCUCCUAAUUCAUCUAUGUAGAAGUCAUCCAGGGGAAAUAUGUAAUCCUUGUGACUGUUUUGUCCAGCCAGCCUAUACUCAGGAAAUGCAAAUUACUUUAAAUAUUAACCUAGGCAUGGCAUAUCUGGGAAAGUAAAUCUGAUUUGAUAUAAGAGGGAAUGAUCAUCAGGCAUUCCAUAGCUGUAAAUGAUUUUAGAUCAGAUCCUCUUAGAGUUAAUCUGUAUUUUCCAUUAGUGUAGAUAACCAAAUGAGCUGAAUCUCAUGUUUGGUGUUACCUUCUGCCCUUGGAUUUGAUUUUUUCCCCAAGUAUGACUUACAUUCAUACUUUAAAAUUGCCUGGCUACUCACAUCUUUAUUCACCAGCUAAUACUGCAUGCCUCCUUAUAAAAGAAAAUAGAGGUUUUUAUUGGUAGGUUUUCCUUUACAAAAUUCCAUCCUUUCCAAGACCAAGGAUCUAGGACCUACUGCAAGCCCCACGCCCUCGGCUCUGGCAUUUCUUUUCCCAUGAGUCCUAUAGCAGUCUUUUGCCAUGGUGAAAUUUACUUCCUUCAGCAGUUUUCCUUAGGGUAGGCUGUGUACUUUGCUGAAUAAAUUGGUGAAGGGUAGAUGCUGCCUUCCUUCAUCUAUAAAAAUAAAAGGGGAGGAACAGGACCAGAUCAUCCCUGAAGUUCCUUCCAGCUUGAAGCCUGUGUCUUUUCACAGUAGUAAUUGCUAGAGCUAUGACAGACACGAAGAUGUAUAGCACAGUACAGAUAAUGCUAGGACCUGUAUUUUGCUAGGACCUGUAUAUAAAAUAUAUAAUACUUGAAUCUUUUGUAAAUAAAAUCAUCCUCCAGAAUGCCAGUGGCAGAACCACCUCAGUGAGCCAGACUUUGCCCAGAACAUUGUCUUCUCAGUAGAUUCCAUAGGAAACCAGCCCUCCUGAAUUCGGAUGAAGGGACAGGGAAGGCUGCUCAGAAGUAGGAAGGAGCAACAGCUUCCCUUGGUCGAGCACUUAAAGAUUUGAAAGCACUUUUCAUGCCUGAAUUGUGUACUGGAAAAAGAAAAUGCACUUUGAUGCUUUCAGUAGCACAUAGCAGAGGGCAAACGGUGGUGUGUGACUUAGUUCCUUGGGGAGAGCAUUAACAGUUUGAUAACAAUAAUAUAAUUGAAUCAUCACGAGUGAGAACAGUUGAUCUUUUUCAAACCAAGCGUUUAUAAGUAGGAUAUAUGAAGAGUUGAAAUCUUAUUUGUGAAACAGGAAUCUUGAGACCUUGGCCAGUGGCCAUCCAGGCUCCCAGCGUAGGCCAUGCAGUUUUGUGUCCAAUUUAUUUCAUAAUCAGAUUAGCAAGGGUUUUUUUUUUGUGUGUGUGUAGAGAAACAAAGAUUUACGAGGCAAUAAUACCACUAGAGGAGCACCAUGAAUUUGAAAGUAACAUCCAUUUCAGUUUGAGAUCACCUUUGUAGAAUACGUGUUUUCCUUUGAUCUUACUGGGCCCAUCAUCUUGGCAAAGCCUUGUAUUCGUAGGAUGAAGGCAAGCUCACCUUUUUCCUGUCUAAGUUAUAACUAGCUCCAAGCUGGUAUGAGUUAAUGAGGGUUAGCUGUGUUUUGUACAGCAGAUUGAAAUAUUCUCCAUUGUAUGUGCCACGUGUGCCCAAGUCCAACAGGACGUCUAUCACCUACAGCCUGUGUUGCACAAGACUCCACUCAGCUUGGACCUUCACAUUUAGUCCAUUCUGGUUGGAUGUUCCCGUAAUCUGUCCACUGAAAAAAGUAUCUAACACAACAGGUAGCCUUUCUCCCACAGGAAGUCACUGUACAUUUGCUAUUACUAAGCAUAGGGGCAUGAAGUAAUUGAUAUUAGACCCAUCCCCAAAGGUGAAUUGGAGUUUUAGCUAAAAUUCUUUCUUGACCACAGCCUGAUCUAACAGAUCUGUGUUGGUUUUGGUCAGAACGAGAGCCUUUGUUUGCUUUGUGGAUGCUUUCACUACAGAGUAAGUCUGUGUGUGUGUGUGUGUGUGUGUGUGUGUGUGUGUGUGAUUAUUAAGUUCUGUUUACAAUUGAAGAGAAUUAGAUUAUUUUGAGAAGUUCACAAUUAAUUGGAUAACCAGGGUAGGUACAUUUCAUAUAAAUUUGAAGUAUAGUUUUAAAAAUUCUCUAGACAAUGUUCCCUCCACGAGAAUCAUCAGUUAAGCAUGUUGUAGCAUCCAAACUUGGGUGCAUGCAGAGAUUUUGGAAGCCAGGUGCCCAGUGAUAGAAGGUUCAUAUGGUAUCAUAUCUUUUGGGAUGGGUAAGUUUGCACUGGCUAAACAUUAGAGGAAGAAGAUGAAUAUUUUUAGUAAGGGGAAUAGAAAACUAACAUGCCGAAGAAAAGUUUUGCAUGUGGGAGCACUUUCUUCCUUUGUAGUGGUGUUGCUUAUUAAAAUCUGCUUUAUCGAGGGGAAAGACUCUUAUGGAGCCAAUGUUAUUCUCAUUGGACUUUAAGGAAAACUAGACAACCAGACUCUGUUGUCAAGGAAAUCCAGAAUUGUGCCUUCAGUUCUUGACCUAGGGGCAGUAUUGUUCAGCUGAUAACUACAAGCUCUGCUUUGACAUGGGAUUUUGAUGGAGAUUUGAGAAGAUGAGCACAGCUUAGACAAACCUUUCCACUUCUUUCCCUCUCACGAAUGGCUUAUUUUAACCGCAAAUAUUUUCUCAUUUGUUCUUGACAAGUUGGUUUCCAGUUGCCUUUUCCUGUGAAGACUGGACUACAUUUAUUAAGCACUUGGUAUGUCCUUUUAUGGUUUCUACAUGGCGUCUGCCUGGUCUUUGACAGGGCUUGGCCAUCAGCUCAGUGAUAAAACUCAAGUUCCCUGAGUAGCCUUUGAGUAUGCAACUUCAGACUUCAUCUAGACAGUUCAACUCUUGUAAGGUUUGUGAAAGAAGGGAGUAUUGUCUAGUGAGCAGAGAUAGAGACAGAAUUCUCGAUUUCAACAGCUGACUGUGCUGUAAUCAUUCAGUAGCCACUUUGGCAGAUUCCAGACCAUAAGAGUACUUUGUCUACCUCACAGGUAUGUUGUGAGAAGCUAUUGGAAAUGUACCUUCUAAGUGUAGAGGAUCCUCAUAGGAAAUACAAAAGCCCUCUGCUCCCUGAUUUUUUUUUUAAUAAUUGUCUUUGAUAAUGGACAGAUGGCUAGUCUGAAUUUUCUAGGUGAGUCUUACACAGUGUCUACACAUUUUGCAGUUAAAAAGUCUGAGAUCAUGUCUUCACAGAUUCUGGAAGACUGAAUCAAAUGACUGUUGUUCUUAAAUUUGACCUAGGUAAACCCUCCAGUGUUACCUUAGUCAUCUUUUGCUCUAAUUUCUGAACUGAAAGCCUUGAAAUGCCUGCAGAAGCUGCCUUAAUUAAUGACCACCCACUUUCUCCCCAGACUGUUGAUGAUUACCGGCUGUACACACAGUUUUGAAUGUGUAAUUGUAAAUUCCCAGAACUGUGACGUUCUCUGAACAUGGUUGUAUUUAUAUCAAGCGUGUUUGUAUUUUGUUAUACGUGUGUGCUGGUGUAUCUAAUAGGUAAUUUUUUAUGAAAAAAAAAAAACAACCACCCUGAAAAUAUAUGGCUAUGAAGGUGUAUCUUUCUGAUAUGGGGGCAACACAUGUUCCAAUUUCAUCAAUGUGAUAAGGCACUAAUGUUCAUUUCACCCAACUUAACCAGCAACAAAUCAAGUGGCCUGCUGAUGUGGGGGCCUUGUGAAGCACAUGAUUCACUUGGGGCUCGUAUGCAAUGUCUAGGACAAUUUGCUGGACUUGGAAUCCAAGGAGACCUGGGUGUGAGUCCUACUUCCAACACCGCCUAUUGUGUGACGUUGGAUAAAUAACAGGCUCUGGGGGUAUAAAAUGCUUUCAUUGUCUGCCGUGCAGGGUUGUUUUAAGAAAAGCACUUUAUAAACCCCCAAAUGCCAUAGAGAUGUGAAUGAUGUGGAUUACUGAUCUAUUUUUAGAGCCAUUUUUUAAAUCAUUGAAAGUGGGGACCAUUUUUCAGAGUUGGCUAUUACAAAGAAAAACCCCGAACUGACUGCCAUUUUUUUCCCGAAGAGGGUAGAGGACUCAGAAGAUUUCAGUUUGGUUUUUGAUGCACUUCUAGUAGGGGUCAGAUCAUGAUUAAGAAGUCUUUACCUCCCAGCAUCUGUGUGGAAAGAAUUUGUCUUUAACAUAGUGAACCUCAUGUAGUGACUGUCGUUUCUCCUGACUUGAUGUUUGCACUUUAUGAGUUAAAGACCCAACCGGAACAGAGGAUGACGUGGCUGCUUGUAAGCCCUUACACGUAAAUAAACGAAAGACUUUGGUCUCUGAAGAAUAA